UAUUUAUCAAAAUCGGGUAGCAUGAUAAGUAGUCGGGUACAAUUCGGAUUUGAAUACGGUAUCUAAAAGGUAGCGGGUACCUUACCCGUACCCGUUGUCAUCCUAAUUUAAAAACCCUCGUCUUUGUUUGCUCGUUUUCCUCCGAAGUUGCGUAUAGCUACGCUACUACUUGUAGCUUAUUUUAAUAUAGUGUUAUAGACGAUUAAAGAUAUAGUUCAUCAUUCUCUCACUCAUUUCAUCAAACAGGCGACGUGCAGUUCAACGAAUUGUAUUCUUUUGCUCUGAAUUAAAUAAAGAAACACUAAAAAGUUGUAAUUUUCCAGAUUGAUAUGGAUGAGUUGUUGCAGAACUAUUUGUUUGCAACUCAUGCAAUUGCUGCGUCAGGUUCUAUGGUUUUUGGCACUGCUCUUACUUACCCUCUUGACACUAUCAAAUCCCUUAUUCAGGUUGGUUCAGGUUCCCAUAAACAAUUAACUACCUCUCAGGUUAUAAAUCGAGUUCGAGUUUUGUCAGGAUAUUCAGGUUUGUACAGUGGAUUUGAGUGGUUGGCCUGGGGGAGAAUUUUUGGUAUGGGAGCUCGCUUUGGAAUAUAUGAAGUUUUGACAGCCUUCUGUAAAGAUGGUCGAGAAGACAAUUUUGUGUAUGUCUCUGAGGCCCUUAUGGCAGGGAUGGCAGCUGGUGCUGUGGAGUCACUAACAAGCUCGCCAUUUGAACUCCUUAAACUCCGUGCGCAGGUGACGUCUGCUUCUCGCAUUUCAAGAGCAACACCAGUAACAGAAAAUAAACCUGUUGGGCCAGUAAUUGGCAGAUUGCUACGUGGAUAUACUCCAGAUAUGAAGGCAUUGAACCAUUAUGUAGGUAUGUUGUCCAUCUUAAACAGCAAACAUCCUAAUAUGGUCGGUGCCAUACAAGAGUACCCCUGGAUGAUGACUGGUUCUGGAAGGCCACCAUCAGUUUAUGACGUUCAGAGGCCAUCUGAAAUCAUUUCUUUGGAAGGAUGGGGUGCAUUAUGGAGAGGCCUUCGUUCUGGAGUUGCUCGUGACUCUGUAUUUGGUGGCAUAUUCUUCUCUACUUGGCAAUUUUUGCACCAAGCAAUGCUUGAUUGGAAGGCGGUCGGGAUGGAUCCUCCACCCAGGUAUUAUGAAGAAAUUGUUCCACUCUCCCCUUUAGCUGUUAGUCUUGCAGCCGGGCUUUCGGGUUCAGUUGCUGCUGCUGCAUCUCACAGUUUUGACACUGCCAAAAGUCGAUCACAAUGUAUAGUGUUACCCAAGUUCAUUUCAAUGGAGAGGAAGCUUCUGAAGUGGAAAAUACCUGGUAAAAGAUUUGAGAGAAUUACAGGGAUCCACCCUGCAGAUAGAAAAAUCUUGUUUCGCGGCAUAUGGUUUCGAAUGGCUCGUAGUGGAAUUGCAUCAUUCGUAAUUGUGGGAAGUUAUUACUUGUCCAUCACUUACCUUUUUCACAGUAAUUGAUUCUUUGAUACCUUUGCAUCAGAAAUGAAUUUAAGAGGGAAAAAAAGGACAGGGGAAGGGCUAAAUGAAUCGAGAAUUGGUGGUUUACUGGGAAGAAAGGGAUGAAAGAUAUAAAAAAACGUUUUAGUGUCGUGUUAGAUAGAUCAAUCCAUAUAAUGAUGUGAAAGGGCAGCUUAAGUGGUAUUUUAGGACCAUUUGUGCUAUUCUGAAGUCCUGUGCCUAAAUGGUAGAGUGAAGCUAAAUUGCCAUGUGGAAGGUGUGGUGAGAUGAAAUUAAUUCAUUUGUUGGGGAAUGAUUAAAGGUUUUUAAUCAGAAUGUUUGGAUCUUGAAUCUGCAUUUGCUUGCUAUCUACCGUAAAUGAUAGUUUGUUAAAUUCUUAACCGGCCACACCUUUGAAAAAAAAUUUUAUUUCA